AUGUCCGGUGCCAGGAAUCUCUCCGUCGCCCUCCGACGGGCUCGCGUGCCCAAGCCUCGCUCUCUGCUGCGUCCUCUGUCCGUCUGCGCCCCGUCUCCCGCGACCACUGCCGCCCGCGCCUUCAGCGUCACCUCCGCGGCCAAUGCGACCAAGGAGAUCAAGUACACCAGCAACGCCUACCCCAACCUCAAGCGGGAUCCCAAGUUCGCUGAAAUCUCCGCCGACGAUGUGGCUUUCUUCAAGGAAUUGCUGGGCGCCCAGUCCGCCGUGAUCGAUGGCGUUACCGCCGACGCGGCCGACGAUAUCGAGCCUUUCAACAGCGACUGGAUGCGCAAGUACCGCGGUCACACGAGACUGGUUCUCAAGCCCCAGACAAAGGAGGAGGUCAGCAAGGUGCUGCAAUACUGUAACGAGAAGAAGUUGGCGGUGGUUCCUCAGGGUGGCAAUACCGGGUUGGUCGGCGGUUCCGUGCCGGUGUUUGACGAGAUUGUCAUCAACCUGUCUCGCAUGAACCAGAUUCGCUCGUUCGAUGAGGCUUCCGGUGUGCUGGUUGUCGAUGCCGGUGUCAUCCUGGAGGUUGCCGAUCAGUACCUCGCUGAGCGCAACCACCUGUUCCCCUUGGAUCUGGGCGCCAAGGGUUCCUGCCAUGUCGGUGGCAAUGUGGCUACCAACGCUGGUGGUCUGCGUCUCCUCCGCUACGGCAGUCUCCACGGCACCGUCCUCGGUGUGGAGGCUGUUCUGGCUGACGGAACCGUCGUUGACGCUCUGUCGACCCUGCGCAAGAACAACACUGGAUACGAUUUGAAGCAGCUGUUCAUUGGUUCCGAGGGCACCAUCGGUAUCAUCACCGGUGUGUCCAUCCUGUGCCCCCCUCGUCCCAAGGCCGUCAACGUCGCCUACUUUGGUCUCGAGAGCUACGACCAGGUCCGCCAGGCCUACCAAGAAGCCAAGGGCCACCUGUCCGAGAUUCUCUCCGCCUUUGAGCUCAUGGACGGCCGCACGCAGAAGCUCGUCCACGAGUCCACUGGCACCAAGUAUCCCCUGGAAGGCGAGUACCCCUUCUACUGUCUCGUCGAGACCAGCGGAUCCAACGCUGAGCACGACAUGGCCAAGCUGGAGGGAUUCCUGGAGCACAUCAUGGGCGAAGGCAUCGUUGCGGACGGUGUCCUGGCUCAGGACGAGACCCAGUUCCACGCCAUCUGGCGCUGGAGAGAGGGUAUCACGGAGGCGCUGAGCCACCUGGGUGGCACCUACAAGUAUGACGUCUCCAUUCCUCUGCCGGAGCUGUACCAGCUGGUCGAGGACUGCAAGGAGCGUCUGACGAAGCUUGGAUUCGUUGGCGACGACGACUCGUUCCCUGUCCGUGCUGUUGUGGGAUAUGGCCACAUGGGUGACUCCAACCUGCACCUGAACAUCUCGGUGCGCCAGUACAACAAGGAGGUCGAGAAGGCCAUUGAGCCUUGGGUGUACGAGUGGAUCCAGAAGCGGAAUGGCAGCAUCAGUGCUGAGCAUGGUCUCGGUCUUGCGAAGAAGGAGUUUAUCGGAUACAGCCAGAAUGAAACCAUGGUGAAGUUGAUGAAGCAGCUGAAGGGGCUAUAUGACCCGAAUCCAUUGGCUGACUCAUUCUCUUCACCUCUCGACGCCUUGGCUUGUUGCACCUCGUUGAUCAGGCGGUCCAAGAUCCAUAGAACGUCCACAGUCGAUCGCACCAGGCUUGUGUCCCAGAUGGGGUCGUUCAUCGUUGAAAGUGUCAUGAUGACUAGGAUGCUCCGCGCGAGAUAUGACGACAUGUCAGGUCAUUAUCAGAUGCUGGAGGAGCUGGGAAGUGGAAGUUUUGGAACGGUGUACAAGGCCAUUGAAAAGGCUACCGGAGAGAUUGUGGCGGUUAAACAUAUCGAUCUCGAAUCCAGUGAAGAUGAUAUCCAAGAAAUCCAGCAGGAAAUCUCCGUCCUCGCUACCUGUGCGAGCCAAUUCGUGACGCAAUACAAGGCGAGUUUUCUGAGAGGUCAUAAGCUGUGGAUUGUGAUGGAGUAUCUCGGUGGUGGAUCCUGUCUGGACCUGCAAUUGCUGCUGGGUCUGGAUUAUCUGCACAGCGAAGGCAAGAUCCACCGCGACAUUAAAGCCGCCAAUGUACUUCUGUCGCAUACCGGAAAGGUCAAGCUGGCGGAUUUCGGCGUGGCCGCACAGUUAAUCAAUAUCAAAUCCCAACGCAACACCUUUGUCGGAACGCCGUUUUGGAUGGCGCCCGAAGUGAUCCAGCAGGCUGGAUACGAUUACAAAGCGGAUAUCUGGUCCCUAGGUAUUACAGCGAUCGAGAUGAUCAACGGCGAGCCGCCACACGCCAGCACUCACCCCAUGAAAGUGCUCUUUUUGAUUCCCAAGGAACCCGCCCCCCGCUUGCAAGGCGACGACUAUAGCAACACCUUCAAGGACUUUAUUGCACAAUGCUUGACCAAGGACCCCGACCGAAGGCCGAGCGCCAAGGAGCUUUUGAGACACAAGUUCAUCCGCAAUGCGGGGAAAACGGAGGCUUUACAGGAGCUGAUUCACCGGAGGCAGGACUGGGAUGCUGGUCGGGGUGUGACGCACAAAGUGAAGUAUUAUGCAGAGUCCCUCAAUACGAUUCGGAACCUGGAUGAUGAUGACGGAUGGGUCUUUGAUACCGUGAAAGCUCCCACGAUGGCUAUCCGCGAAGAGCCCGACGACUUUGAGAACGAGCCGGAACCCCAGGACUGGGUGUUUGAUGAAGCCUCCGAGCUGAUGGACGACUUGCACAUCUCUAGCCCACCUAUUCCACCGAAGCAUGCAACGAAUACCGCCGUCAGACGGGCACCGGCCCCCGAACGCAGUCCAUCCUUGCGGCGUGCCAAGCGACGAUCCAGCGGGGUGAAGCAACCUUUGGGGGUGGACAUGAGCUUUGGGAACAGUCCCUCGACCGUUCGUCAAUUCCGUCGGGUGUCGGAUAAGAUCCCCGCCGACGCUUCAUACCCCCCGCAGUAUUCCUACACGGACGAAAAUGCCAGUCCCAAGACGCUCUUCUCGGAGCCCAACAGCAAGGAAGCACAGCUGGGCCGUCGCGCAUACAGCAAGGCGGUGGGACUUGCCUGUCAGGAGGUGUUGGGCACGACGGGAGAUGACGAGAAGCGCGAGGCAAUUUCCCGGCUGGCCGAGGCGUGGAGUGAUCUGGAAAUGAUCGACCCCGAGGGUCUGUAUCACAUCGUGAGGGCGAUGACGGAGCGACUGCAAGGCGACCCCAAGCUGGCCAGCCUCGUCCCACCCGCUCCACCGGCCGAAUCCCCACAGAGGCCGCGACUGGUUCUGGCACAAAACAACCCACAUCUGAAAAGCCAUCGGCGCCGCCAGAGUGCGGCAGUGGCCGAGCCCAACCUGCAGCCGGCGCAGCUGGCGAAUCUCCCGGGCCAGCAAGUGCCGGGGAUGGAGCACACGAAGCAGUUGUCGGAUGUGCUCUAUCAACGAUGGUCUGAAGGCCUCCGCAACCGCUGGCCGGGGAUCUAA